AUGGGUUCCGCUGCUUCGAAGCCAGCUAAGUCAGCGGCUGGCGCAGCCGCACGGCGCCAAUAUCCCAAACAACCAGCUCCUCCACCGCGGGGUCCGCGCAAAGCUCCGCAAGACACCACAGCAGCGCCUACAUCUGGGCCUACUCCGCCCCCCAAGUCGGAAGCCAGCUAUUCACCUCCAGCACCAGCACCUUCCUCUCAAGGUCCGACAUACCAUUCAAAAGAGAAGGCCUCCGGCGUGAAAUCUGAUGCAAUUGACAUGGAUGGCCGAGACCCUGACUUUGCCGCCUCGCUCCGCUCCAUCGGCCCUGUAACUCCUUCUCCCACACUCUCAAACUCAAGCACCUUCAACCGUCCCGGCUCCAUGCAAACCGUCUUCCCGCAAGCUUCCAACCCGGCAUUGCUAGCUGUCACCUCUCGCCAACGUCUGACCGAGGCUGCGGAGAGGGAGGCGGAGGAUUUUGGUCGGGCGGGCCACCCGGGCAGAUCGUUCCUGGAUGCAUUGACUAUUCAGCAGGUGUUGACCAUGCGGGAUAGGCAGGGUAUGCGUCCGGGGGAUAUUGAGCGGUUCCUUGGGUUGAAGAAGGGGGUUCUAGCGCGGCUGGGGAAAGACGAGAUUGUGUCGCGCAUAGGUUGA